ACUGUCAAACCUGCGACUCUAACCGUCCGUUUUCUAACUUCUCUUUCUUUGCUCCUCCAGCACCACCCAAAACGUGGUUCAAAAUUCCACAUUCUUCCCGGUUCAAGAGAUGAAGCUCCUGCUGGGCCGACACAUUAUCAUUACCCGGUGACAAGGCAACUCUCAAAUCACCCACGCGCACACACACGCGCGACAAGACAAACCUACCUACUCAACUCACACCACUUCAUUAAACCCUGCAUUCCGACUUUGAAACCAUGGCGUCAGACUCUCCGCAAACCGCCUCCCCAUGCAAGGCUGAGCCGGGACAAAGCAGCCCAGCCGAUGCUGCUUCUGACAUCAAGCAAGAGCCAGAGCCUACCGAGAACGAAUCGAAAUCGACGUCACCCAAUGGCGACAACGAUGACAACUCAAAACGAGACUCAAGCUCCCCAGAGUCCGGCGAAGCCAGCUCGAUUGGCUCUCCCGCACCUUCCGAUACUCGCGACAACCAUAAUACCUCUUCCACCGAUGCGCCACCCCUCCCCAAUGAAGCGCCGCCCCUGCCCGCAGGCGCUCCUCCAGCAACACAAGACGACGGAUGGGAUUUCCAGUGGGAUCCGACUUCCCAGGCAUACUUCUUCUACAACCGCUUCACCGGCGCGUCGCAAUGGGAUAACCCCCGCGUAGCAGUACCAGCAGCAGCAUCAGCAGCAUCAGCACCAGGCACAACCGCCUCCGCGACCACAAUACCCUCAGGCCCCCCUCCCCUCCCCAAGAACGACGCGCCCCCAGCCGGCGGCUACAACCCCGCCAUCCACGGCGACUACGACCCAAACGCGUGGUACGCAAAGGGCAGCGCAGCCAACGAAGACGACACAACUCAGAAUGCGUCCUCUGCAGCUGCCAACGCCGGCGAGUACGGCGCCAUGGCGCAGUUCAACCGCUUCACCGGCCAGUUCCAGGCGCUGGACGACGGCCCGGACCGCCACACGGACGAGGCCAAGAGCCGGCGACAGAUGAAUGCCUUUUUCGACGUCGACGCCGCGGCCAACUCGCACAACGGAAGGAGUCUCAAGGCGGAGCGCAGCGGCAAGAAGCCGAGCAAGUCUGAGCUCAAGCAGUUCAAGGAGAAGCGGAGGGCGAAGAAGGAGGAGAAGCGGAGGGCUUGGUUGCGGGAUUGAGGCAUGGACCAUGGGGGUACAGUAUGCGGCAUUCGUUUCUUCUCUGGACUUCUUGGUCCGAAGUUUUUUUCAGUUCACAAAAUUGG